UGCAUGUUCAUGGGAGUUGUAGACUCACUGCGCUUAGCCUCGUGCGCUGUUAACAGAAGAAAACUACAAAUCCCACAGAUUGCCAAUGCGGAAGUAACUCAGACGGUAAAAAGAUGUCUCAAACGGUGAAGAAACGAAAAUGCGAUAAAACCCGACAGGACGACCUUUAUUUUGACAGCUAUUCAGAUGUGACAAUUCACGAAGAAAUGAUAGCGGACCACGUCCGGACCAACACGUACAGACUGGCCAUUCUGCAGAACAGCGAGUCCAUUCGAGGUAAGGUUGUACUGGACGUGGGUGCAGGAACCGGCGUUCUGAGCAUGUUCUGCGUUCAAGCCGGCGCCAACAAAGUGUACGCCGUCGAAGCGUGUUCCAUUGCCGAACAAGCUGUGAAAAUUAUCAAACACAACGACAUGGACGACAAAAUCCAAGUCGUCCGAGGCACUGUCGAGACUGUUGAGUUACCGGAAAUGGUGGAUGUGAUUGUGAGCGAGUGGAUGGGCUAUGCUCUCCUGCAUGAGUCCAUGCUCAACUCGGUCCUGUACGCCCGCGACAAGUGGUUGAAAAAGCCCGGCGGGGUGAUCCUGCCCAACAAAGCCGACCUCUACAUCACGCCCAUCAGCGAGCCAAUGGUGGAGGACCGCCUGUACUUCUGGUACACUCUCAAAGACAAGUAUGGCGUCGACAUGUCCUGUAUGAGCGACUUUGCCAGAAAAUGCAUCAAGAACUCGGACAUCUCUGUCAGCCCGGUGACCGCCGAGGACGUGCUCUCCCACCCAGCCCGCUUCGCCGAGCUGGACCUGUACACGACCACGGUGGAGCAGAUGCGGUCCGUCAAGGGUCACUUCCGGUGCGAGUCUUUCGGCUCUGCGGCAGUGAACGCUUUCUGCGUUUUCUUCACCGUCUCCUUCCCCUGCCCGGACAAAGCGCAAGCGCUCGUUCUGUCCACGUCCCCCUUCAAGCCGGAAACCCACUGGAAGCAAGCGGUUCUGUACCUGGACCAGCCCGUGGACGUGAUGCAAGACACCGUGGUCAGCGGUGAGGUGGACAUGUACCCCUCGGAGGAAAGCGACAGACAUAUAUGCAUUCGUCUGGACUACACCAUCGGAAAACAGAAAACACAGACCAAGACUUUUUCUAUACCAGACUGGACCGCUGAGACACUGUCGUAGUUUGCUGUCCUUGAACUGUCCUUGAUUGCACUUCCCGAUGUUUCAAAGGUCAUUCACAGAUGGCAGUACAUUUUAUUUGGUGACCUCACGCACAAAUCUGGUAAAAACGUUACUUACGUAAUAGAAAUAGGAUGGGAAUAAAGUGUUUGACUGAUUUGUUUACUCCUUAUUUGCAUAACGAGACAAGUUGGUCAACAUAACCCAAAGUGGCUGCUAAGAGUGAACUUCCUUUUGCUCAACAUCACCAUCCCGACCAAAACAAUGCGUCUUUUAUUUUCCAAAUGACUCAACUUUCUUGCCAAAUCAAUAUGAAGCAAUCACAAAUUAGUCCUCCUGUCAUUUAUUUUACUAUAACCCAAAAAAAGUUACCAUAUGUGUUUCUGUCAUUGCAAACUACUGCAAACUACUUCAACUUUUCCAGGCUCCCAAAGGAUGGAGUCUUACUUGCUCAUUUUUGUUGCUCAGGAAAAAGAUACAAAACUUCUUGAAAAGUCUUCAUUUCCAUAGAAUGUUGUUAUUUCAGUAAAGACGCAAGCUAAGGUCAGGAAUUUCAGUGUUGACGGCUCGGAAGUGGUUUUGUCCUUGAGUUGUCAGCCUGCUGUGCGGCACGUUUGUGUUUACUAUACCGUCUGAGACAUGCAGAUUGUUUUCAAGGUUUCUCGUUGAUGAAACGGCAACGUGUCCAACAACAAUUAUGCCGUUGAUCAAAGUCCUGCAUCUCCACUUUAGGCCAAUUUGGACUUUUAAAAUAUUCCUGUAAGGGUUUAUUACAUUAACUUUGCAUUUUUGGAUGUCAUUUAUUACUCAAUUACAUUGCUGGAAUUUAUCUCGGCAAAGUCAAUAUUAUGAUAUUGAUGAGUGAUAUUUGAUAGUCCAGUC